CGCGCGACGACGGCGGCGCCAUGCUGCCGCCGCCGCGCGGACUCGGCGCGCGCGGACUCGAUCGCGGCGCACCCGGCGCGUUUCGCGGACGCGCGACGACGCGCGACGACGGCGCGCGACGACGAGGGACGGGACGACGCACGACGACGACGACGACGACGACGACGACGACGACGGGCGCGCGCGGACGCGCGGUGCGGUCGAUCAAGGAACCGAACGGCGCGAGCGGCGCGCAGAGCGCGAGCGGUGGGGCCUCGACGAGCGCGAGCGGUGGCGACGGCAAGGGCGGGGGGUGGGGGAAGUGGUUCGACAAGGCGAGCGAGCUGACGAGACGAGCGACGGCGACGACGGCGACGUGGGCGCAGUCGACGCAGAACGUGGUGACGAAGGAGAUGAAUGAGAAGGCGAAGUUGAUACAGCCGUCGAUGAACGUGGCGGUCGAUCACUUUGGGCCGACGGCGAGGCAGAUUAAUAAUUUGUUGAAGCCGGUGACGGAGCCGAUUAGAAAGGAGUGGAUGAAUCUCAAGCCGGAGACGCGACGGGUGAUGAAGGGUGGGUUUUUCGGCGCUUUUUUUGGGAAUUUGGUUCUCGGUUGGCCCGCGCGCGCCGACCGCAAGCGGUUGCGGGCGAAGGUGGAGCAAAUGCACUUAGAGCGCGCGAAGAUGCUCGUGGACGACUUUUCGCUCGAGCGCGAAGUGCUCAGCUUGAACGCGGAGAACAGAAGACUUGAAAAGCGCACGCUUCGAGCGGAGAUGGCUCUGAACGCGAUCAAGCGUCGAUUGGGAGAGUACGUGGUGGCUCCGAAAGAUGAGACCCACUUCGCCGAUCCCAAUCUGUCGGGAGUGAUGCCGGGCGCGCCGUGGGCGAACGAUCUUCUCGACGCCGUCGGUUCGCGCGUCGAGAGCGCUAGACCGUCGUACACGUCUGAACCCAAGCCCACGGCGGUGAAUUCGAUUUCAUCUGGAAAGGACGGAUGGAGUCGCGACGAGGCGUGGGCGCAAGGGUUUUUGAGCGCCUCCGCCGAGGCGUCGAGCGACGGCGUCGACGGUGGGCGCCCGACGGCGCUUUAAAACGCACCCGCGCGAGCGUACUUUUUUGCACCGAAAAGCCCGCGUAAUGAAUUCUUCAACGCAACCGAGUUCUUACAUUACAAUAAAUACAUCAACACAGAAGUUUUCUUCCCA